CGGUGAGUGGCUUUCUGAAAAGAAGCAGCAUUUGUUUACAAAUAUAUAAAUGAUUAAUUAAAAUGACACAAACUGAGAUCGCGGAUAGCGAAAGUAAUUCACAAGCCGCUGAAUUACCAACUCAACUUGUAGACAUAUUCAAGGCACUUGCAGAGAAUGAGAGCAUUGUCUUCAAAUCCCAGCAAAUUGAUGAUCCCGAACUGAAUCUGCUGGAGAAACAACAAAUUGUGCAGGAAGCAUUUAACAAAAAUCGAGAAAAUUUUCUAAUACGUUUCGGCAGCCAUCUGGACGAUGGACAAUUGAACGAGUUGCAAUCUCUGGCCAUAAAGGAACCCAUCAAGCCGGACGAGAGUCUCGAAGACAUUCGUCUGCUGCUCGAUGAUUUCAAGCGCAAACUGCACACACGAUCCAUAUGCGUGAAGAAUCGACGUUAUCAGGCGAUGGAGCAACUACUGCAGAAGGGUGAAUAUUUCAGUGAGCACGAAAUGAUGCAACGGGCACCGGAGCUCUACCAGGAACUGGUCGGACAAUAUUUGACGGAGGCGGAGAAGAAGCAACGGGAUAGCUACGAUGUACGCAAUACAAGUUUCUCGGGCAUCCUAAUGCACACACUGGAGCAGAGGCAGCGGGAUGAACUGCUCCAGCAGAUCGACACCAGCCUAAGGGAGGAGCAAGAGACCACGACUCCGAUGGCGGCACCAUUAAACGAUUGUGAUGUGCCCGAUGCAUGUCGCCAGCAAUGGGGCGGCUUCGCUGAUGAUGAGCCAGUGGCCUGUUCGACGAGUCGAAAUAUUGGCCCACCAGCCGGGAGAAUAACCACAGCCGAAUACUAUAAUCCCGCUGAACGUGAACUGUUGCGCAACGAGUUUAUGGGCUUGAUGAAGGAGCGAUUUCUCAGCGGGCAGGACCAGGAUUUUGAUUAUGCAAGCGUCGAUGACAAUGCCCAGCUGGAUGAUCUGAAGCAAAUCGAACGUGAUGAAGAGGAUGCCUACUUUGAAUCCAGUGACAAUGAUGAUGAUCAUAAUAAGGAGGAAGUCAGGCCAGUUGCGCCUGAGCGACGCUCCUCCAACGACGAGGAUGAGGAUGAGCUCGAUGUUUAUAUGCGACACUUGAACAAACAUCCAAGUCUGCAGCAUUAGUUUUUUUUAUUUUAUAGCUUUA